GUUGCGUCGGGUUAAAAAUAGCUAUUUUAUCUUCGAUACCGCUACUUUUUAUUUCAUUUCUACAUCUACUACGUCCUGCGUGUAAGCUUUUUUGAAAGGUCCUGUUGUUUUCACGUGGUGCCGUGCCGUGAGGAAACAUGCAGCCAGGCAUCAUGGAGGAUCAUGAGCAGUUCUUAGAAGCUGACAGAGUUAACGAUGAGGAUUAUCUAGACAACGAUGAAGAGGACGAUCACCCAGAGAAUGACAAACAUGAUGAAGAUGAAGAGUUUAAACUUGAUGAUGUUUUGCGUUUGGGCGGCACCAAGGGAGAUUAUGUCUUGUUGGCGGGCAUCACUGACUCCAAUGAGCUUCUUAACGGUGGAAAGAAGACUGCAAUUGAUGACCUGGAAGAGGGCGAGCUGGAGGAGUUCAUCAAAAAGCUGGGCAUCCGCGCUUAUGCAGGGCAACAGAUUAUUCAAAGUGAAGAUGGACAAAAUGAAACAUCUCCAGAGCCGAGCAAAAAAGAGAAGAAAAAGGCCAAAACGGCCAAAAUGAAAGAGGAGUCAAAGACUGACGUUAAACCUGCUGCAAAGCAGUUAAGUUCUGUGCAGUCUACAGAUUCUGGCCGUGCCACUGGAAAGAAGGCAAAGCAAAAAAACACAAAUUUGUUUGAGUUUUAUCCACGGCAAACUCUGCUUAUUAAACCUGGGGGGAAGUGGUUUGACAAAGAGUAUGUCUCCGAGAUCACAUCUGGAGCUCAGAGCGCGGCACUAGUCUCUCAGUAUAAGGCAUUAGCGCAGAAACUCUUCGAGGCUGAAGUGGCACUGUACAAAAACAAGAAGAAUUUACAAAAAGGUGCCAACUCUACCUGGAUGAAGAGUGUGGUGUCCACAGGCACUCUCGCUGAUAGGAUGGCAGCUAUGACCGUUCUAAUCCAGGAUGCUCCAGUUCACACACUUGAGCACGUCGAGAGCCUUGUGGCCCAGGUGAAGAAGACUGGAGGUCGCAGGCAGGGUCUGAUGGCUCUGGACACCCUGAAGGAGCUGCUGCUUUCUGACUUGCUUCCAGAACACCGUAAACUUUCCGCAUUCUCACAGCGUCCUUUUGAUAAACUGGAGGAAAAAGCCAGCGGCAAUAAGGAUACCCGGGACCGCAGGCUUAUCCUCUGGUACUUUGAGCACCUGCUGAAACUCCACAUAGCAGAGUUUGUGAUCGCCCUAGACGUAUUGGCCCAUGACACAGUCCAGGCCACCAAAAUGCGAGCGCUCAUCACUGCCUUUGAGCUCCUGUGUGAACGGCAGGAGCAGGAGAAGGCGCUUCUUGCACAGAUCGUCAACAAAUUAGGAGAUCCCGACUACAAAAUGGCCUCCAAAGCUGUGUACCUGCUGGAGAUGGUGCUUCACAAACACCCCAACAUGAAAGGGGUGGUCUGCCUUGAGGUUGAGCGUCUCAUGUUCAGGUCCAACAUCCACCCAAAGGCUCAGUACUACGGCACAUGCUUCUUAAACCAAGUGGUUCUGAGCCACGACGAAGCAGAGCUGGCCACCAAACUCAUCACCAUCUACUUUGCGUUUUUCCACGCAUGCAUAACGAAGAAGGAAGUUGAGUCUAAAAUGCUCAGCGCCCUGCUAUCGGGAGUAAACAGAGCGUAUCCGUACGCAAAGAUCGGAGAUGAUAAAGUGGCGGAGCAGCUGGACACGCUUUUUAAAGUGGUCCACAAUGUCAAAUUCAACACGUCUGUCCAAGCUCUUAUGCUGCUCUUUCAGGUCAUGGAUUCCCAGCAGACCAUCUCGGAUCGCUACUAUGUAGCACUCUACAGGAAGUUGUUGGACCCAGGCUUGCCCUCAAGCUCAAGGCAGAGCAUGUUUCUCAACCUCUUGUAUAAGUCUCUGAAGGCUGACAUCGUGCUCAGACGGGUGAAGGCCUUCGUGAAGCGGUUUCUGCAGGUCAGCUGCACGGCGGGCCCUGCCUUCACAUGCGGCGUGUUGUUCCUCGUGUCAGAGCUCAUGAAGGCCAAGCCGGGCCUGAGGUUGAUGCUUCAGCAGGAAGAGGAUGAAGAUGAAGAGACGUUUCACGACAUUAAAGAAGAUACCGAUGAUGAUGCAGAAGAGGAGCAUGCGGACAAGGAAGAAGAAACAAAGGGUGAAGAAAUAAACAAGGAGAAGCAAUGUCAGGUGAAGCCGGCUGCAACAUGGGUACAUCAUAAAAACAUGAUGGGUAGUAGAAAUGUGGAGACGUAUGACCCGUUCCACAGAAACCCUUUGUAUUGCAGGGCGGAUCGCACAGUCCUCUGGGAGCUGCAGAAGCUCUCGCUUCAUUUCCAUCCCUCCGUCAUUUUUUUUGCCAAGACUUUAUUACAGGGAGAGUUUAUUCAGUAUACCGGCGAUCCGCUACAGGAUUUCACUCUCGUCCGAUUUUUGGAUCGCUUCGUGUUUAGGAAUCCAAAACAAUCCAAGGGGAAACAAAACACAGAUUCCACGCUGAUGCAGCCCAAAUGCAAGAGGACGUUCAAGUCUGUUCCGUCUUUACCUGUAAAUUCUGAGGAAUAUCUGUCCAAAGAGGAGAGUCAGAUACCCGUGGAUGAGGUCUUCUUCUACAGGUACUUUAAGAAGCGAGAAACAGACAAGCGCUUCAAGAAGCGUAUCAGAGACGAAGAUAAUGAGAGUGUGGAGGAUGUGGAUGACGAUGAGUUCGAGAGGGUUCUUGACACUUACGAAGGCGACAGCUUUUACACUGACUUCAAGGACGAUGACUUGGACUUUGCAGGCAACAUGAAGUCUAAAUCCAAGAAGGAUAAGGAUGAAGACUCUGAUUUAGAUAUGAGCUCUGAUGGCGAUCUGGAUGAUGAGGAGGUGUCUCUUGGCAGCAUGGAGGAUGAGUUCGAAGAUGAUCUUGAGGAGGAAGGUGGAGAGUUCAUGGAUCCAGAUGAUGAAGUUGGCGAUGAAGAUUUUGAAGAGGAAAUCGAGGAUUUGCCCAGUUUGAAGUCGACAACUAAGAAAGGAAAGAGGAAGCCGUCUGAGCAGCUGGAUUUCAGAUCUUCUGCCACACAUCCAAAGAAAAAGGCAAAAACGCAGGACCGAGGAGUGUUGACAACGGCUGAAGAGUUUGGAUGUUUGCUGGAUGAAAACACAAGCUUAAAGUUUGAUACCUGCGGUAUUAAUGCAAUGGCCAAUAAAGACAAAGCCGAUGUCAGGCAGCUGAAGUGGGAAGCUCGGCGAAACGACUGGAUCCAUGGAAAGGAUGUCAAAACUCUCCGGAAGAAAAAGGCCAUGUUCAACAAGAAAAAAUUUGGAGUGGCCAGGAAGCAAAAAACUUUAAAAAGGCAAAAGUAAAGACCAGAAAGUAUUCCUUUGUGAUCUGCCCUCCUGUUGGUAUAGGUGGGGGUAAAUGGAUAAGGGACCACGUUGGUUCAGUCAUUUUUCAUAAACGUGGUUAAUGAGUGAGACAUAUGUAAAGUGCUGUCUUUUAUUAAAUCAUAUUUUGAUUGUUUUCUCUUC